AUGUAUGCGUCACCGCCCGUCGCUGCAGCAUAUCCCUCGUCCCAUCUAGCGUACGACACCCUCACCUCCGCGGCUCCGCCCAACCCCGCGUCCACCAACAACUACACCGACCACAUAAUUGGUCUUCCAGCAACCGUAGCGGUUCUGCAACCAGACGGCGAGCUGGAGCAGCUGCAGGCCGUGGUCGGAGUGUCGGACGCUGACAUUAGCAGCUACCCUGCCUCGGCCCUCGAGUGCGUCUUCAAGGAGACGCUCCGCAUGCACCCGCCUGGCGUCGCGGACGACCCAGAGCCUACGCGGAUCUCCGGCCACUCCCGUCCAUGGGCUCCACCUGCACGCCACGCCUCCGCGCUAGCGCUCUCGGGCCCCGACGCCUGCCUCAACAUCGUCGACUCCGCCUGGCGGAUGCUGCCUGUGGCCGCCGCCGGCUCCUUCGGCUUCGGCAGCGCGCGGGAGGUCAAGGCCGCCCUCGCCCUCGCCAUCGUCGCGUUCACGGUCCGGGCUACCCCUGUCACGUCCGCCUCCGCCCUCGCCACCGAGAAGGUCGUGCUCGGCUUGCCGAUGCUGAGCGCCGCCCUGUUUAAUGCUCACCGUCAAGUCAGGCACCACCACCAGCGGCGAUGCUGCCAAUGCUGGUCAGUUUUGCUAUCGACGGUGGUCGAGUCUGCUACCGAUGUUGUUUGGCGUUGCUACCAGUCGGGGUCAGAGAUGAUAGACUUUUUUCUUUGCUACAACUCUUCUGCAAUGUUGCUAAAAAGGUAUAAAUGUUUUGGUGUGAGAUUUCCGGCGAGGUCUCCAUCGAUAUCUCCGACGAAGGUCUCAGUUACGUGUAUUUGCAACCUUGAAUUUUUUUUUUGCUAUGACUUUGUUGUUGUUUUGCUACAAUUGCACAAUAUGUUUGCUACGGGUCUCCGAUGA